AACAGCUUCACGGAGUACCUAGCUAGCUACAAUUCACUUUGCUGCAUUCAAAAUUAACUUUUGAAAUGUCAUUCUUGGAGGACGAAUCAUCAGAGAACGGGAGGACGGGUCGCACAAAAAUGGAAAGCUUUUUCUUCAGCUGUGAGCUGUCUUCCCAAGUCCCGUUCUACACGUUUCAAGGAGACGAAGAGGAGAGCCUCGAACAGUAUCUUGAUCUCCGGACUAUCUGUCUGGGCAGCGGUGCAAAGGAAGAGAGCAACGUGGUGGAGGUGACCGCUCUGAAUCACCGGGGGAAGAAAGUGUCCGUGCCGGUGGCAAACCUCCACAUCUCCUGCCUGCCCAUGGUGAGCAUGGGCGAGUUCGAGGUGAAGACCCCCGUGACCUUCCGGCUCAAGUCUGGAUCUGGACCCGUCUGCGUGAGCGGGCUUCACCUCAUUGCUUUUGAAGAUGACGAGGACGACGAUGAAUCCGACGUGUCAGAGGAUAUGGAGGAGAUUGAUGAUGACAUCAUCCCCAUCAAACCAGCGAAGAAGAAGCAGCAGCUCUGACUGAAUUGAAGCUACAAGAAGCAGUGAUGCCACAGAUGGAAUGGAGUGGGACCUGUUUCUCAUGGGUUUUUUCAACAGCCGUUGUCAGGCACCUUCGAUAAAGUUCUUUAUGAUUAUAAAAAAACAUUUUUGUACAUUUAACAGUUUUUACAAUGUGAAGUCAAGUUUUCAUCAUAAAGUUUUGGUACUGUUGGGGGGAAAAAACAACUCAUGCUGUAUGGCAGCAAUAUGACAGGGUCUCUGUGCCGUUGUUGCCGUACAGUUUCACAGUGUGUGUAUGUACUUGUAUUUUGCAUGCCUCAUUCUUCGACCAAUGUCACAAUGAAAAGGUCUUCGUCAUUUUCAGGCAAGAGUACAUCUUUUGUCACGCUCUUCUGUGUGCCCUCAAUGGAAAGGGUACAGCACAGUUUUUUU